AUUUCACACUAUCAAUCAAUUAGUUAUCUUCUUCUGAAACUGAUAUACCCAACUACCCAGACAGCUUUGUCUUCUGUGUUUUAACAAUGUCAGGACCUCAGUGUUGCACAAACCCUCCAACCCUUAAUCCAAACAGUGGAGCAGGCCAUGUCGAGCAACUUGGUGGUCUUCCCUCCUAUGUCGUCGGUUCUCCAGACUCCAAGCUUGCCAUCGCUCUUAUUUCUGAUGUGUAUGGAUAUGAAGCUCCAAACUUAAGGAAAUUGGCUGACAAGGUUGCAGCUGCUGGAUUCUUUGUGGCAGUUCCUGACCUUUUGAAGGGAGAUCCUUAUGUUCCUUCAGAUGCUAAUAGGCAAAUAAAAGUUUGGAUUCAAGAUCAUAGCCUGGACGAGGGAUUUGAAUAUGCCAAAGUAGUGAUUCAAGAUUUGAAAAGUAAAGGCUUUUCUGCAAUAGGUGCUGCAGGCUUUUGUUGGGGUGCCAAGGUUGUGAUUCAGCUUGCAAAGUUUGACUGUAUUAAGGCUGCUGUGCUCUUACAUCCUUCCUUUGUCACUGUGGAUGACUGCAAAGAGGUUAAGGUUCCAUUGGCAGUGCUUGGAGCAGAGACUGACCAACUCUCUCCACCAGAGCUCGUUAAACAGUUUGAAGAGGUCUUAAAUGGAAAACCUGAGAUCGAGUCCUUUGUGAAGAUAUUUCCUGGAGUUGCACAUGGAUGGACUGUGAGGUACAAUGUUGAAGAUGAAACAGCUUGUAAGAAGGCAGAUGAAGCUCACCAGGACUUGGUACAGUGGUUUAGUAAGCAUGUUAAAUGAAGGCCUUUGUAACAGGAACCUUAAAUGUUUUAUGCUAAAACUACUAGAAACCAAGUAUGGAGUACUUGCUAUCUCUCAUGUUUUGAAUAAUAGCUACUAGUGAUUUGUGUAUCCAUAAUUUGAUUUCAAAGACUUGCCAUUGUUUUUAGAGUUUCAUGAAUGUUAUGUGAAUUACUUAAUUUCGUACU